CCAUCCUCCUCCUCCUCAGCCGCUACUGCAGCAGCAGCAGCAGCCCCGGUGCCUCCCGGAUCGGAUCCAUGAAGACCUCCCUCCCCGCCACGAUGGGCCGCAAGCCUUCCACUGCGUUGUCGUGUUGAUAUCGAGAUAUUUUACAGUUAUCAAAUAUGAAUCAUGCAUCUGAUAUUUCUGGCCACUUUGCUCGUCAGCAUCCUCUCGCCCCGGCUCCAUCCGUCUCUAGCGUCGUCCGUUUCUCAAGGAGUAGAGGACAAGGUUGAGAGGGAUGCGGUGCCAGCGCUGCCGGAGCAACAGGCAACUGCAGCACCAGCCACAGACAACACAACAUACCAUGCAGUAGAGCAUGAGAUCACCUACCCCUCGCGGUUGAUCUACUACCUGAAUGAGGACUCGGAGAGUACCUACCAUGACCUGGACACGCGGGUCAAGGACCAAGCCGCAGAGGGCCAGGCAGUCCACCUUGCCCAGGCAAGUUUCCAGUUAGAGGCCUUUGGCUCCAGAUUUGUCCUGGAUCUAAAGUUGAACAAUGAGUUGCUGUCUUCAGAUUACGUGGAAAUCCAUUAUGAAGGGGGCAAACCUGUUCUAUCGAAGGGCGGUGAGCACUGUUACUACCACGGCCAGGUGAGAGGGAACGAUAACUCCCACGUGGCCCUAUCCACCUGCAACGGGCUGCACGGGAUGUUUGACGAUGGAGUCUAUGUGUAUCUAAUUGAGCCCUUAGCACAGACUCAUUCAAUCGAUACAGCUGCAAGGCCUCAUAAACUAAGAAGAGCAGCCUCCCUUCACUGGAACAAUGACCCGGAGGAGCAGGUUGUGGAAGGGCAGCUCUUCUCAGAGCCGGAUGACUUGUCCUGGCUGAAGCGUAGGAAAAAGCGAGCUAUGCCUCGCAGUGUGUUUGAGGAGAUGAAAUAUCUAGAGAUCAUGAUUGUCAGUGACCACAGUAUGCAUAAACGUCAUCGGACCAAGCAGCACACCAUGAAUUUUGCCAAAUCAGUGGUGAAUCUUGUGGAUGCUGUCUUCAAAGAGCAGCUACAUACACGGGUGGUGCUCGUUGCCGUGGAGAUCUGGACAGACAAGGAUCAGAUCCCCAUCAGCGUGAGGCCGCUGGAAAUGCUGCGAGAUUUCGCCAAGUACCGGCAGCAGAGCAUCAAGCACCACGCCGACGUUGUGCACCUCUUCUCAAACGUGGCCUUCCACUACCGCAGAAGCAGUACAGCGUACUUCGGGGGCGUGUGUUCUCUGAACCGUGGAGUAGGAGUCAAUGAGUACGGCACCACCGGGUCAAUGGCGGUGUCUCUAAGCCAGAGCCUGGCACAGAAUCUGGGCAUCCAGUGGGACCCAGCAGCCAAGAGAAAGGAAUGUGGCUGUUCUGACUCGUGGACUGGCUGCAUAAUGGAGGAUACUGGGGUCCAACAUCCUCGGAGAUUCUCCAAAUGCAGCAUCUCCGAUUACAAGGAGUUCCUCUUGAAAGGUGGAGGCUCCUGUUUGUUUAACAGACCAACCAAGCUGUUCGAGACCACAGAGUGUGGGAAUGGAUUUGUAGAAAUGGGCGAGGAGUGUGACUGCGGAGGGAGAGCAGAGUGCUACAAGGAAUGCUGCAAGAAGUGUUCCCUCGCCAACGGGGCGCACUGCAGCGAUGGUCCUUGCUGCAAUAACACAUGUCUGUUCUAUCCACGAGGUUACAGUUGCCGCUACGCUGUGAACGACUGUGACAUCUCUGAGACCUGCUCUGGGGACUCUGGACAGUGCCCUCCCAACCUUCAUAAACAAGAUGGUUACCUCUGCCAGGUCAACCAGGGUCGCUGCUACAGUGGAGAGUGCAAGACAAGAGAGAACCAGUGUAAAUACAUCUGGGGGUCAAAGGCCGGAGGCUCGGAGAAGUUCUGCUACGAGAAACUCAACACGGAGGGCACAGAGAAGGGCAACUGUGGAAGAGAUGGAGAGAAAUGGAUCCAGUGUAGCAAACAUGAUGUGUUCUGUGGUUACCUUUUGUGUGCAAACACUGGCCGCAGCCCACGCAUCGGAAUGAUGAAAGGAGAAAUGACCACCACCUUCUUCAACCAUAAAAAUGUACAGAUAGAUUGCAGUGGUGGCCAUGUCCUUCUGGAUGAUGACACUGAUUUAGGCUACGUGGAGGAUGGGACGCCCUGUGGGCCGUCAAUGAUGUGCCUUGACCACAAGUGUCUGCCCAUCCAGUUACUCAACAUGAGCACCUGCCCCAUUGGACCUAAUGGACAGGUGUGCUCUGCCCAUGGGGUGUGCAACAAUGAAGCCACGUGCACCUGUGACACCACCUGGGCAGGGACAGACUGUAGCAUGCCUGACCCGCCUAAAGAGCCUGAGGCCACUCAGGACGAAGGACCCAAGGUGAGCGUGGCCACUAACAGGCUGAUAGGGGCAGUAGCAGGGACCAUUCUGGCCCUGGGGGUGAUUUUUGGAGGCACAGGGUGGGGAAUAGAAAAUGUGAAGAAACGGCGAUAUGACCCCAACGCCUCAGCCAUUUAACCCAGGGAGAGAUGGCAAUCACAGGCGGACUUCUCCAAGGCUUCCUUAGUUGGCUACCUGACAGCUGGACUGCACUUAUUGCUGCUGAUCUUUGGCAUUAGAUUUACUUGAAAAAGACAUAGUGGACAUUUUAACAAAUUCCAUUGUAGUGACAUAAGAAUUGCAGCCUUCUCAACAUCACCUCACUCAUGUAACAACCCCCCACCGCCCCACCCACCCUGAUCUCUAGAGUGACAGAGCCCCUCUUCCAUCCUUUAGUGCCAGUGCACAGGCGUUCAGGCGGAAUCCACACCACUCUCUCACCUGGCAUGAUUAUCUGCACAAAGCGUGCUGCUUGCUGGUCCCCUGGCAUGAAGAGUCCUUUUUUACAGGGCUCUGCAUGGCUACGAAAGCUAUGAAUAUACUGCAAAAAACAUACAAAGAGGGAAAAAAGGAAUUACCCAAUGGAGGAGAUGGCCUCGUCAAAAACCAAACUCAGUGGAAAGGACUCCUAUAGUUCACUUUUAGGUGCUGUAGACAAAGACGGAGGCUGCAUGUGAGGACCCACAAGGGCAGUGCAGACCACAUAGUGAGUGCACACACACAAUUGUACAUAAAUAAGGAGUUCAGGUUUGGAAUUAUCAGCAUAUUUUAAAAGGAGAUCAAUUGCUUUUUUUUUUUUUUUUGUCUUAGCAUGUUGUAUAGCGGGUGUUUUUGGCAAUGUUAUUGAGAUAAAAAAAAUACUGCAGUUAUGAUUUGGACCUAAAUUGUUUGUCGCACGCUGCACAGCCCGCUGUGGUUGUCCGGGCGGAGGUCAAAGGUCAGAUUCACUUCAGCGGACGAAGCAGCGGUGGCGUCGAGGAGAAGCAUGUCAGUUCUAGAGGGAUUCAGACUGAGAUCACAUCCGAUUAACAUCACAAGAUUCCCCCCCCUGAGGUAUCUUCAACAGUGACUCAAAAGCCAAAGAACCAAUCACCUGAACAUAUGGAUGUUGUUGCACACAGAGCACUUUCCCCUCUGUCUGCGGCCAGUGGUGCCUCUCCUACUGCUGAGGGCACAGAGUCUGUCCAUGCAGGCGCUCACCUGUCCAGCCAGGUCUUUCUUAACAGUCCUCAUCAACACCCACUAUACUGGCUUAGCCUUUUGCUCUCAUUAACUCUUAAUAGAAGUCAAGAUCAGCUCUACUGGUAACGCUGCAUGCAAUCACUAUAGUGGGCUUAUAAUUCUAUAUGGGAGUCCCCAAAAUCUACAACAAAAAUAUGCUACAAAAGAUAGGUGCAUGUCAACAACAAAAACAUUUAACUUUUAUUUACUAUGCAAAGAGAGAUAUUGCACAAAAGUAUGGGUAAUAACGAUAUCAUUGUAGACAUGGAAUUACAAAAAAACGUCUGCUGAUCAGCUUAUCUUUUGUAUCUGGCCACUCCCACACGUCUUGUUUCAUUUUUGCUUCAACGUACUCAAACUACGAAUGGACAAAUAACAACAACAAAAAACUGAAUUAAUAUAUCCAAUGAGAAAUGAGAGAGCACCCUUUUAUAUUUGUGCAACUGAAAACCAUUUUUGUGUGUUUUUCAUUCAGUCUGAUGUUUUUAAUCACACACACACACACACACACACACACACACACACGUACACGUACAAACACACACACAUGCACACAAACACACUGUAUGGUGCCUGUACAUAUUGAGGCCUGAACAGUUUCCUUGUGCAGGGCUAUUAUUUCCAGUCCAGCUGAUUGUUGGUGUGUUCCAGGUGCUGCCAUAGCACUGGCAUCGUUGUAAUCCUCCAUGUUGCUCAUCGUCUGGUGUCCCUCUCUCACUGCAUCAUGUACAGUUGGAACGAUGAAUAAACUACUGACAAAUUUUA